GGAAAAAAAGAGGAAUAACUUUUUGAUAUUCUGAUAUUAAUAUUUGUUUUCUUUUACAUCUGAAGCAUCCGUUUACUUAACUACCUGCCCAAUGGAAGGUAGUUCGCACGGUCUUAUUACAUAAAUAACAAAGUCACUACCUGUACUCUCCCAAGUAUUGGCUCGAUAAGAAGUGGGUGUGCUGCUUGAACUUCCAAAAAAAACCGAGAAGAGCCCCCCCCCAAGUGGGAAGAAACGAUCCAUCUUAAUUAGUACGGGGUUUCAACGACGACCGAAUGAACUUGUCGGUAUAUUCUACGAGGUCGAGAUCGAUAUUCUUCUGGCCAACACAGAAGUGUUAAUCAAUACAGACAUUACUGUCGUCUGUGUUUCUCUGAUUGCUCAAGAGAAAUUUUGCAUUGAAAAACGAUUGCGCCUAGAGAGUCUUUAACCGUCACUCGAUUCCCCGUUCCCCAACUUGCUCACUGUCGAAACAGAAGCUCAAGUCCUGCUUGUGGAAUUUCUGGCCUGGAUUACUACGACUAAUUUUGCCAAAUGGAGUGACUUAGGUGAUCAACACCAUUCGCACUCUCAUCUGAUCAGAUUUCAAGAAUUCGCGCACGGCGCAUACACUAUUCGCACCAGUACCCCUCAGUUUGCGACCAUUUAUUGUACAACCACAACGCAUACGCGCACAAAGUUGUCCGGAUUUAUUGAUUGAUCACAACCGCAAUCAUGGACACUUCUGGGGUUUGGGAUACUCAGGAUCCUACUUUAUCCGUUCCUUCGCAAGAUGACUUUCAACAAUUCCUCGACCUGAAUAUGCACAGCAUGGCCGAUACCCUCCAAUUCGAUUUCAAUUUCAACCAGCAACAAUCGCAAAGUCAACAGAUGUUACAUCAAGAUGAGAUGAAUCCAAUGAAUACGGGCAUGGCUGGCAAUCAUCAGAUGGGGCAUGAUGGAACGAUGCAAGAACCUAUGCCUUCGAUGACUACGACUUCUACGCAUCCGGCCAUACUAGGAACUCCCAUCGUACAACCACAUACUUCCACGGAGAGUUUGACAGACCUGGAUGCGCAAAUCCAAUAUCUACAACAGCAGAAGCGUGAGCAUCAGCUACGGCAAUCACAGGAACAACAGCGGAACUUUUACGCCCAGAGUAGAAUGAUUCCACCCACACCCAAUAGUAUGGAAAUGCAUGGUGUCAAUCAACAUUUCUAUACUCCAACAGAGCAUCCGCCAUCUGUAUAUGAGCCCUAUCGUCUGAGAGAGCAAGAGAUGGCAUUUACUCCGCUCGUGUCUCCAGCUGUUACUCCCCUAGAAACUCAAUUUAACAUUCCUGAUUACACUAUUCCGGGAGCUUAUUUUAGUCCCUUGAGCUCCCCAGCUUUACACGCCCAAAAUGACCAGCAAGUCAUGUUCGACCAUCAUCUUUCGGGGUCAAAUGAUUCCCCAGUUGACAUGAAUGGUGAUUCACAUUCUGCGCCAGUGAGCUCUAUAAUUCCGGCUCGGAAGCCUACCCGAAAGUCUGUUGCACCAAAGCCUCGGGUGAACACUCGUGUAAUUCGGCAAUCGCCAAUUGUCAAGCCAAGUCGGAGUAGGAAAAGCUUAAGCAUGAGCGCGCAGGCGCUAGGAGAAAUUAUUGAGCCAUUGAGUUCUCAAAUGUCUCAUUCUAAAGGAACUGAAUCAACGAACUCAGCAGCAAGCACCGACCAUUCUGAAAAUGGCUCUAUAUCUCCUGAGCACCUAUCGGACAUGGCGCCUCCACCGUUACCGAGCUCGGCUGGGAGAUCACCCUACGUCGUAGCACAAAAGGAGAAUGCCAAGAACAAGUGGAUUCCCCUUGGGUCACCAGCUACGCCAGCUUCGCUGAUGAGAAUCACCAAAUCGCCUACUGCUAUUGAGUCGGGACUGAGCCAGGAAAUGGAACUUGAUGAUCCUAUUCUGGACGGGUUCGCAUUGCCAGAGGCUGCCAAUACUACUAUAAAACCUACAUUGUCUCGUAUCGAUACACAAUCCGAUGGACAAAUGACACCAACUUUGAGCUCAACAGGAUCCAAAACUCCUGGAUUCAAACCCCUAUCGUCGCCAGUAGUUGCACUUCCUGGAGGAGCAUCAUCUUCCAGCCAGAGUCCUCAGAUAGAUGCCAUAAAUGGUGCAAAGAGUGCCAUACGCAAGACACCACAAAUGCUAGCACGAGGUGCUAAGAAGAGGACAAGCAAUUCCGUCCUUGCUUCACCGGCUCUUCUUCCCAAGAUAUCCCCUAGCAUUAAACCAUUACUCCCUGGUGGGUCAUCCAUGCACGACGAUGCGACUGCUUCUCUUUUACUUGCGUCAAAGUCAAACUACCAAAAUAUCCUUGAAGGAACUCACCUUCCUGGCGUUUCGUAUCCCUCGGAACUAUCCACUAAUCUAACGUCGAAACGUACUUCUCAUAAACUCGCCGAGCAAGGAAGACGCAAUAGGAUCAAUUUAGCACUUACAACAUUGCAUGAUAUGAUACCAUCCGAAUAUUACCCUCGAGGAAAACCCAAAGAUGCCACAGGCGACAAGAGUGGAAGUGGGGAUGGUGGAGAGAACGAGUCCGCAAGUUCCAAGGCGGGACAGAGUGCAAAUAGUAAAGCUGCUACUGUUGAAGUCGCCAUUGAAUACAUCAGUCACUUGGAAAAGGUUUUGGCUGAGGCCAACAAAAGAGCAGAGGAAGCGGAACAGAAACUUGUGGAGAAAGAAAAAUUAUAAUUAUGGGGUUGGAGUGCUUGCUUCUCAGUGGCAUUUCUUUUAUUCUGGGAGGCAAAAUUACGCGUUUAUGGGGUUUUGAAUGGAGUUAUUGAUACCUGGAUACGAAGCUUCUGAUUUCACGGCCGAAUGAGGUCCAUGGUAUUCUAGGUGUAGAGGUUUCUUCUGGGAAUGACUGGGACCUUGGGGGUACAUAAAAGUUUAAUUGCGAGACAACAAUACUGGGGGAAUCGGAGAGAAAGCUACGUGGCAUGGGUCUAUCAAUUAGGGUCUUUGAUAUGAUGCAUUUGACGCACAUCAAUACGAUCAAACGCUACAUGACGGUUGCCUGUGUUAUAUUCUUGGCUGUGAGGUUGUAAUAAUGGGUGGUGGAGUGAGUGAUGGGUGAUUGUAGAUAUGUAUUUAAUUUUAUAGAACAAAAGUAUUUUCUUGAACACAAUCAAGAUAUUUUGCUGCUUUGUUGAAACUUUGAAAAGAGAUUUGGGUAUAAGAAGAGACUUGCAGUUUGGUAGGAUGUGUGAUGUAGGGAGUUUCAUAGUUUCGUCAUAUUGGUGGAAAUUCAACGCUCGCUACUUUCA